ACACUUCAUCUCCCAAAGCUUCUUCUUCUUCUUCUUCUCAUUCUCUAUCUUAAGUCUCUAACUUUUACAUACCAAAAUUCCAACCAUAGCCAAAUUACAAAACAAAACAAAAAGUUUCUUGUAGGUUUUUGGCAAUGAAUGGAUCAGCUGAAGCUUCUACACGGACUAGAUCAUUGCAGGUCAGUCCUGGUGAUUUAGAGGCUGCUCAUCUAGAUGAACUCACAAGGGAAAUAGAACAGAGGAGUCUCUAUUACUACCAAGAGAAAAACAAGUCCUUGAGAGCUCGUUAUGUCUACGGAACCAUCUUCUUGAUUAUAAACUUAUGCGCUUGGUUUAUCCGUGACUACGCACAAAAGGCUCUGGCCUUGCUUCCAUUAGUUGCGGACCUCAAGGAAGUUACUGUUUCCAUACACUUGGAGUACUCCGCGUUUUGUUUAUCCUUAGCAAUGAAGAUGUUUUUCCUUAUUAUGUUCCUCACAACAUGGAACACAAUGCAACUCCAUCAAGCUCAAAACAGUUGGCACUCGGAUUAUUGGAUCUUCAAGUUCGUCUUGCUGGUUUUAGUCAUGGUAGCUACUUUCUUUAUACCUCAGCUUUACAUCCAAAUUUACGGGGAAAUCGCGCGUGUUGGUGCAGGGAUAUUUCUUGGUCUUCAGCUUGUAAGUGUCAUCGAAUUCAUUACAUGGUGGAAUAACUAUUGGAUACCUCAUGACCAAAGAAAGCAAAGCUGCUCUUUUGGAUUGGUCAUGUCAACAGUAUUCUACAUUGGUUCUGUUUGCGGGAUUGCAGUGAUGUAUUACUUUUAUGUAACUUCUACUGCUUGUGUCCUCAAUAUGUUCUUCAUCUCAUGCACUGUUGUUAUUCUAACUGUUAUGAUGGUUAUGUCCUUGCAUUCAAAGGUGAAGAAUAGAGGACUUUUGUCUUCCGGGAUUAUGGCUUCCUACAUUGUCUUCCUAUGUUGGUCUGCUGUUAGAAGCGAACCUUCACAUACAAAAUGCAACGCGCAUACUCAAAACAGUCAUACUGAUUGGAUUACAAUACUGAGUUUCCUUAUAGCUAUAGGCGCCAUUGUGAUGGCAACAUUUUCAACUGGAAUCGACUCAGAAUCCUUCAAGUUCGAGUUCCGUAGAGAUGAAGGUAAAGAAGAAGAAGAUAUACCAUACAGCUAUGGAUUCUUUCACCUUGUGUUCUCCUUAGGAGCAAUGUACUUUGCUAUGUUGUUUAUCAGCUGGAACCUUUCAGAUUCAGCUCGGAAAUGGAGCAUUGAUGUUGGGUGGACAAGCACAUGGGUGAAGAUAGUGAACGAGUGGUUUGCCGCAGCCAUUUACUUGUGGAAGUUGAUUGCUCCUAUUGUGAGACAGCCAAGAGUUCAUGAACAACCUCAGCCAACAGCACAAGAAGUGGACAGAUAGAUAGAUGAAGUGGAAAUGAUCUGACAUUAUCGCUAGAAGUUUUGAAGUUAAUACAACAUCAUUGAGAGGUCAUUCUUUAUAAAGUCGUUCUUGUCAAGUUCAUUCAUUUUUUUACCUUAAUGUGAUUUCACUAUAAACAUAAUCCAAUGUAUAAACCUUUGAUGAAAGUCAGAUCAAAAGAAAAGAUUCUUGAGUUCUUAAACUA